UUGUCAGUCCCUGUUCACGGCUGAACGCAGCUUCACCUCUCUCUCCUCACCGCUAAAAGCCGCCUCCUCGUCAGCGGCAGCAGCUCUCCUCCCACCGCCGAACGUAGUUUCAACAUUAGAACAUGAAUAAUCAAGAGGGAAGUGGAUCAAACAACAAUAAUAGAAAGAAAAAGGGUAGAAAUCCCACAAAGUUGAAGGCUUUGAUCCGUAGCAGGGCAGCUAAUAGGACACUACCUAUCGAUUUUAAUAAAGAUGGGAACGCAGUGGGUCCAAAUAAGAAUUCAUUUGUUAGUUUUGUGGCACUCGAGGGAAGGAUGAGAGCUAAUAUACUAAUCCCUAAUUGGGAAGCUGUUGAUGAGGGAAUUAAAAAUCAGAUUUGGGAGGCCAUUAGGCUCACUUUCGACGUUCCUAAUAGUCAUGAAUUGAGGAGAAAAUGGAUAUCAUAUGCUGGUAACCGCUGGACAGGAUUCAAGACGUUUUUGACAUCAUAUUACAUAUAUGGCAGUCGGUGUGGCGAAAACCCCACAGAAAAGUAUCAAUGGAUAGAUGCUGUGACUUGGGAGCAAUUUGUGCAGAGUAGGAAAGAUCCAGCUUUUCUGGAGCGCAGGAAUAAGGCACAAGCAACCCAAGCUCAUAAUGAAUGCCCUCACAUAUUAUCUCGGGGUGGAUAUGAAUUGUUAGAGAAAAAACUGAUGGAUGAAAAAUUAAAACAGCGUGAAGAAGCCUCUCAAACUGACCCUUCAUUGGGGCUGAAACCUCCUUCUCCCAUAGGUCGGCAUGUGAAAUGGAAGGGAGGCCGGAUCAGACGAAAAGGCGGUUAUACAUCAAAGAGGUCUCGUGAAAUUGCAGAGAAAAUUGAUUCUCUAGUUGAGGAGGAAAAGCAAGGGACAUUUACUCCCACUGGUCGUGAUGAUAUCCUAACAGCAGCGACUGAACGCCCUGAGCACCCAGGUCGUGUCCGUGGCGCCAGAACAGGUGUUGGUAUUCUUUCACACUUUGGACCCUUAGCACGUCAAGGUCAUAGAUCCACAGUUUUGACCAUGAACGAUGUUGAACGGAUCAAGAGGGAGAUGGAGCAGGACCUCACACAACAAGUAACGCAGAAGGUCACACUACAAGUAACACAACAGGUUACACAACAAGUAACGCAACAGGUAUCUGAGCAAUUGUCACGAGUAUUUGCUAAGCAACUUCAAGAUGAACUUAAGAGGAUGGGUUUAACCCAACAGCCAGAACUACACACAGAGGCACGCCGCACUCGCUCUCCCACAAAUGUCAGUACAAAGGGGAGCAAUGCUUUAGGGGAUAUGUCCGAUUCAGAUGAUGAUGAUGAGUUAUCCCGUCUUUAUGUGGAUAACCCUUUUCACUUAGUGGCCAUGGGAAAGGUACACAAUUUGGGUCCUACUAUACACCAUCGGAGAAUCGAUGCGGGUAUUAUCAGGGUGGAAGUUGUUGAGGUUUUUGAUGCAUCUGCAUUUGUCCCGAUUCCAAGUGAGGAGGUCCAGACAGUUGGACAGGCCUCCAACCAGUUCAUUCCAUGGCCAAAAAGAUUAGUUGACCCUCACGUAGAGGAGAAGAGGACACAUGGAAAGGAUAAUGAUGAUUGUGACAAGGACGAUGCUUCGGGUGAGCACAAGGGUCCAAUAUCGCGUUUGUUGACAAUGACUACUCACAUUGGUCCACAACCUAUAAAGUUAAUCCUAAAGGAAGAAAUAGUUGGUCGGACUGAUAUAUCCCUUUUUGUUGGCUCAGAAGAGAUAUUAGAGAUAUGUUUGGGGAAUCAAAUGCUAAGUGCAGUUAUUCUACAAGUAUGGAUAAUGCAUUUGCAUGGGAUAUGUGUUCGAAAGGAUAAUACACAUCUUUACGGUUUUUUUGACCCACAUACCAUUCAAGAUAUAGGGAACAAGCGUGAAGAUAUCCAAACUUAUAUAAUGACUCACUUGAAUGAAGGAAACAAAGAGUGCUACUUGCUACCAUACUACUAUCCCAACCAUUGGCAAUUGCUUGUGUUGUGUCCGAGAAAAAAUUUGAUUGUGUUCUUGUGCUCUUUGGGGAACAAACCAAAGGCAAACAUGAAGAGUAUUCUAGAUUUAGCGAUGCAAGCACAUCAAAUGACAAAAAAUAAAAGGAAUUCCAAACCUAAAUGGGUUAAGCCAAUGUGUCGAAUGCAAAGGGGAAGUUCCGAAUGUGGUUACUAUGUGAUGCGGCACAUGUCAACUAUUAUUUCUGCUAGUGUUGUGGAUUCAUGGAUGGAGGUGAUUAAAUAUAAGAUCAUUGUAUUUUUGUGUUUAUUUCUUCUACUUAAUUAUUAUUUACUCGCUUAUUGCUUUUAUUCAACUUGUAGACAUUCAACGUUCAAGAUCCGUUUACUGAAGAAGAUAUCAACGAGAUUCGAGAGCGUUGGGCUUGGUUUUUCUGCGAAGUGACUAGUAUUUAGCAUUUAGUAGAAAAUAUUAUUAACAUAUUUAAAACCGAAAUGCAGCUUUGUUAGCAACUUUUUUGAAUUUUGAUGGUGUAAAAUGAUAUUGUGAUCAAAUUUCCUGAGCAUGAUUAAUACUAAAUUGAAAUUAUAUGCGUAGUA